AUGACUUCGCUGCUCGCAGAGCCCGAAAGCCGUAUCGAGAAGGGUAAGGAUGUCAAAUUCUCGAUUGACGAUCUCGAGGCACUCAGGGACGUCGGCUCGCCCUGGGACGGCGUACGCAACCAUCAAGCAAAGAAUAUCAUGAAGAGCAUGCAGCUUGAUGACUCUGUCUUGUUCUACCAUUCAAAUACGAAGCGGCCAGGUGUCGCAGGCCUGGCCAAGGUUGCCAGGCUCGCCUACCCCGACUUCACUGCCUUUGACUCAUCGCAUCCCUACUAUGACGAGAAGAGCAAGGAGGACAAGCCGUCGUGGUACAUGGUCGACGUUGUCUUUGUGUCCAAGUUCGACAAUUUUGUCUCUCUCAAAGCGCUCCAGGCGCUUGCAGCAAUGGACGACGUACCGGAUGCUCUGAAAGAUAUCAUCACGACUGAACAACUGUCUGCCAUCAAGGCCAUGGAUCUUCUCAGCCGCGGUCGACUGUCAGUCCAGCGAGUCGACCAGACCGCGUACGAUGCUAUACUCGCACUCAGCAAAACUGCAGCAGUCACAGAGCUCGCUCCGCCACCCAGGACAAGAGUCAAAACGAGUAAGCAGGACCGCGAAGAGACCGAGGAAGCUCCCGCGAAAGCAUCGGCGCUUUCCAAAUCGAAACGUAAAGCGCAGCCUGCACAAGAGGCAGAGCCGGCAAGAGCGGCAAAGGCUGCCAAGAAAGCGGAGGAGUCGACAAAGUCAACGCCCGUCAUGCUGUCGAAUCUACUCGUAGCAUUCUGCGCAGUGCUCGUAUAUACGAUCGUCUCGCGCUACUACAUCAAGCCGCAUGUCCUAUCACCCUUUCGUCGAUUUCGCGGACCUGCAUCUAGCAGCCUCCUGCUAGGCAACCUCAAGGACCUCAUCAACGCAGACGUCGCACAGGUACACCGUGAUUGGGUUCAACGCUUUGGCAAGGUCUUCCGCAUCUCGGCAACACUGGCCGAAGAGCGUAUAUUCCUGGCAGAUCACAAAGCCAUUGCUCAUUUGCUCAUCGCUCGUCCGUACGACUAUCCCAAGACGCUCGGCAAAGGGCGAUUUAUCGGCAAAUUCCUGUCCGGUGGAGGCGUACUCCUGGCCGAAGGCGAUGCUCACAAGCGUCAACGAAAGAUUGUCAACCCAAGCUUUGCCCCCAGCCAGAUCAGAGCGCUGUUCCCCAUCUUUGCCGCUAAAGCCGCGCUUCUCGCAAAAGUCUGGAAGACGCAGCUAGAGUGCCAAGAAUCGGACGUCAUCGAUGUUUCCGUCGGUCUCAACAAUGCCACUCUCGAUAUCAUUGGUGCAGCUGGGUUCGGUUGGGAUUUUUCUAGCUUGACGGGCGAUCUCGAUGACCUCGGCAAGUCCUUCAAGACCAUUGUUACCGGUGGCGGCAGCGAGGGUGCCAAAGAGUCAUCUCUGAUCGUCAGACUCGUCCUGCUACGUUACAUGCCUUGGCUCUUGCACGCGCCGACGCAAGCAAUGUCGAAGCUCAGACAGGCGCUUGAUAACACCAACAGACAAUUUGCAAAGAUCUAUGAGCGGGCUUGCGCGAACAGCCGAUCCGACGUUGAGGACAAGGACCUCAUGUCUCAGUUGAUCAAAGCAAACGCAGACGAUAGCAACAAGGGUUUGCGCAUGUCUCAAUAUGAAGUUCUAGGUCAGAUCGGGUCUUUUGCUCUUGCCGGACACGAAACUGGUGCAACGUCGCUCACCUGGACGCUACAUCUGCUCGCAAAUGACCAAGCUCUGCAAGGUCGUUUGCGAGAUGAGGUCGCUCAGCUCAUGUCGGAAGACGAGCUCGAUUCGCAAGCGCUUGACGAGCUACCGCUACUGGACGCGGUCACAAAGGAGACCAUGCGCUUGCUGCCGCCUCUGCCGAGCACGCAGCGCGUCGCAAGCAAGGACGACGUCAUACCGCUUGCCAAAGGCAACGUAGAUCGCGAUGGUAAAGCCAUCGAGGCUAUCAGUGUCAAGCGCGGCCAGGAGAUCCUUGUCAGUAUCAGCGCUUUCAAUGUUGACCCCGAGGUAUGGGGUGACGACGCUGCAGAAUUCAGGCCAGAUCGAUGGACAGACGGCAAGGCGGGUGAUCACAGCGCAACAAAGGGCAUGUCACUGCUUUAUGGUAACAUGCUCACUUUCCUCGCCGGUCCUCGAAGCUGCAUCGGCUAUAAGAUGGCGCUACUCGAGUACAAAGCAUUGCUGGCCAUUCUCUUGCACUCCUUCCGCUUUGACGAUGCCGGUCACGACAUGAUCAAACGGACCAUCGCAGUCGCAAAGCCCUACGUCAAGGGCGAGGAUGAGACCAGAAUGCCACUGCGACUUUGCAAGAUCGUUUAGUACAAUCACUAGGCUCAUACAACAACAGAUUGUCUUGCAACCUGAUCAAUGAUGUACUCUAGAUCAAACGUGUUGGCAUCGCAAAGCUGAGCGAUCGACGUUUGACAU